CCACACUCUUCCUCUCCCUCCCUCCCUAUCCCACAGUCUCCCUCUCCCUCUCCCUCCCCAUGUCUUUCUCAUCCCCCUUUCCCUCUCUCUCAGUGUGCACUCUGUUAUUCUCCUGUGCCCCUGUCAUUAAACUCCCCACCCUCAGCCGGCCAGAGCACCUUCCCCGCAUGUAGUGUCCGCCCGGUGCGGUCUCCCCGCCCCGCCUGACGUCAGCGGCCCCGGGGUGGGGGCGGCUCCCGGUGCGGCAGCUGGGACUGGAGCGCGGGUAGCGGACACUCCGGAGGCGAUGGCCGGUAGCCCGGAGGCGUCGGCGGGCCAGUACUGGCCGCCCAGCCGCGUCCAGGUGACGGUGCUGCGGGCCAGAGCACUGCGAGCGAAGGGCAAGCAGGGCAGCAGCGACUCCUUCACCAUCAUUCAGCUGGGCAAGGAGCGGUUCUGCACGGGGGUGGUGGAGCGGAGCCUGGAGCCGGUCUGGAGGGAGGAGUGCUGCUUCGAUCUGCCGCCCGGCUGGCUGGAGACCGGCGCCGCCCUGCAGCUGCAGCUCACCGUCCAUCACCGCUCGCUGAUGGGGCUCGACAAGUUCCUGGGGCAGCUCACUCUCCCACUGGCCGCCGCCUACGAGGACAGCAGCAAGAAACCCAGGUGGUAUAAGCUGUCCUCGAAGCCCGGUCAGAAGGAGAAGGAGCGAGGUGAGAUCCAAGUCAGCAUUCAGUUCGUCCGCAACAACCUGACGGCCAGCAUGUUCGACCUGUCCUCGAAGGAGAAGCAUCGGUCAGCCCUGGACAAACUCAAGGACAAGGUCAAGGGCAAGAAGAGGCACGAGAGCCUGUCGGUGGAGUCUGCCUCGGCCAUCGUGCCGAGCAGUGUGAUGCAGAUAACCAGCGACGAGGAGUUCAGUGAGAAGGGAACACCAGAGAAAAAGUCCAAGAAGGGCUUCUUCUCAAAGCACAAGCUUCAAAGGUCAUCACUGACCAAGUCCAAUUCCUCGCUGAGCUCCCAGCAGAGCGUGAAGUCUUUGGAAAGUAUGAGUAGUAACACCGGGAUAACCAACCUGCCAUCUCCGAAAUCCACCACCGCUCCUGGUAUCUUCCAUCCUCCACAAACCAAGCCAAUAGACACCAAUCCAUCCUUAGCCAAGGUUCUGACACACAAGAGAGCUCUCAGCGAUGAGGUGACCCAGGCACUCAUAAGCAAUAUGGAUCACUUGGCUCCCAAGACAAGUCCCAUCUCCAGAUCACUGGUCUGCAUCAAUGGCAGUCACAUCUACAGCGAAGAGCAGUUCUCAAAUUCCACCUCCAGUUUAUUCCCAAAGUCUUCCCCUCUGUCCCGUUCCUUCCAGAGUGUUGCCGCAAAGGCUGGGGAACCUGGACGGCGGAAUUCAUUCACGGGACCUAAUAAGAAGCAGGAGGAAGUGGGCAAUGGGGAGAAUCCGGAGUUCAAGAUGGCGCCUCCGGUCAUCACGGUGAACGAUGAGGUCCAGGUUCUGGGAGCAGAGGGCCGGAAGAAGGAGGCGGUUGGAGGUGCACAGGGGACCAAGCCGGUGCACAUCGCUGCUCCCAUUAUGUCCACCGUGGAGCCCACGAUAAACAGCGCCCCGCCCCAAGCCAAGAAGAGUGGCAUCCUGCUGUUCGGAAGCGACAGCAAGGACUCUGAGGCCAGACGGUCCCGGACGCCAUCUCCUGUGAGGAAAAGCAGUUCGUUGGCUGAAAAAACAAAACACAGUGGAUGGUUUCAGAAGGAGGCCAAUCACAGACCAAGUUUAAACUUUGGAGCUCAAGAGAUGUCCGACGCAUCGAUGCCUUCUCCAAGCACCGCCGGGUCCAUUGGAAGAGGCUGGUCGGCCGUUGAAGCAUCUGCAGCAGAAGAAUUGAUUCCUCCUCCAUCUACACCGGCAUCCGCUGCGGCCACAGCAAGUGCAAGCUGCGUUCACGUACUGGACCCAUCAGCUAUGUCCAGUCCACCAGUAGUCCCAGACAUAGCCAAGCAGUCUGCUGCCUUCCUUUCCCCAGGACUUGAUGCUGAGGUCAAAGAUCAAGAAGUGCUCUCACAAUGGAUCCCCACGAGUGCUGUGCCAGUGGGCGACUCAAGUGUUCAAGUGGCUUCUACUGUGCCAAGGGAAAUUAAAGCAGCAAGUCCGGAGGAAGGUGAUUGCUCCUCUACAUUGGUGCAAAGGGCUGAACUUAAUGUUAAAAUGAGUCCUGUGGUUGCCCAAGUCCACGCCUGGCCCAAAAGUGGCAGCUGUCCGAUGAACUUGUCUGGCUUAAGGACUGAGGAUGAUGAGUCCUCAAAUGUGAUUGGGGACAAUGAAGCUACAGUGGAUGCAGAUUUGAAAACCCAUUCUGUAUUGAAUGCUUUACCGCCAGCCGUGCCUCCCAUGAUGCAAAACAGCACCUUUGGUGACAAGGGCCUCGAAACGAAAGCCAGCCUCGAUUCCCUCACAGCGCAUCUUGAAGAGAUUCCGGGUGAACGACCUGGACAGAGUGAUGCAGAUAUGUCUUCAGUCCGGCCGGAGGGGGGCAGAAGUGUGAGCGACACGGCCAGCGAGGCUGAAAGUGAGCUGCAGGUCGUACCCACAUCCCCGGACAAAGCCCGAGGUGACGUGUGCCCAGAUUCUCCACCUGUUUUGUUUGACAGAGUUGGUGUAGGGUGUGAGGGUGGACUAGAAGGUAGAUCGCAGGACGCAGCCGUGCCCCAUGAGGAGCAACCCCAGCUCAGUGCGGAUCAAAGGAACGUCAUUCCUCACCUGACUGGCCCACCGCCCCCGAAGCCACCCAGGUUGCUCGUGUAUACCAGCCAGGCCGAGGGGGACGGGGACAGGCCCGGCAUGCCGGAAGAUCGACGGGAGAUAAUGAUGCCGUUUGGCUGUGUGGCAACAGCUCUGCAGUUAUCAGAGCAACAGGUGGACCGAGGGUUCGAACAAAGGGCCUCCCUUGUGGUCUCCAGCCCAGCUGCUGAUGAGGUAAAUCCUGAAAGGACUGACUCUUCCUCCACACCGUCUGACGCUGAGGAACCAGUUAGACCAUCAAAUGAGGUGGUAACCAAGGGGAAGACCUCUUGUGGGACCUUUGAGCUGAGCCUAAAUGAAGGCACAGGGUUUGAGCACUACAAGACCUGCCUUUCGAAACUCUCUGCAGAGGGAAUAGACGUGUCAAGUGGCAGUGACGGAAGUUCAAACAAAUGGGAUGUUUUUCAGCAAACUCCAUCUUUGGGGCUAAUUGAAGUCCACCAGGCAUGUCAACUUGUCAAAAUACAGCCGGCUGCGUUGAAAACAACUGCUGGUGUAAACUCAGAGGAGACUGUUUCAGUGGUCGAGGAGAGUCUGCUGACAGGUCUGGAGAGACGGGAGACACUUCCUGAAAGGCAGAGCGGCAUGGCCUGGCCUGAUCAGACUGACCAUUCGGAGCAGGUUUUCCUCUCGGCCAUCGAGGGUCUGACGGGCACGUCUGAUCCCCCACUAAAUGAGCGCGAGGCAAGCAGGGAGGAGUUCUCCGGAGAGCUAAAGACUCAGGUGGAUGAUGGCACGGGGAAGGAAGGGGAGCCUUCUGCGCAGAGGAACUCGAUGGCAGUGCUCACCAUGAAAAUGGAGAGGGGAUGCCAGCAGGACGAGGCUGCGAGUCUCGAGGCCGGGAUCGGCCCUUCACUGUGCAGUGAGCCAUUAACAGCUGGGAUGGAAAUGGAGCAGCACAUUGGGGGAGUAACAUGUGUGUUGGAGCCCUGUGCCGGGGGAGAGGAUUCUGCGUUGAAGCAGUCCGGAGAGGGAGAGGAACUUACCUUGGAACGGCCUGCUAGGGGAGAACAAUUUGCCUCGGGACAGUGGCCCAAGGGAGGGGAGCUCUUGUUGGGGCAGCGAGGCAGUGAAGAAGAACUUGUUUCACAACAGCAGCCCGGGGAAGAGGAACCCUUCGUGGCAGAGAAUUUCCCCACUGCUUCAUGCCCACCUUUGACCAUAAAACCGAACCAAGGACGGGUAACAGGAAAGGCAGGCAUCUUGCCACACGGCGGUGAUCUGUCUGCCGACGACACUGACGUUCAAGCCUUUAAUGGCCAGAAGCCCGAGGUGCAGGGGGAUUCCUCAGCCGGAUCCGUCAGACUUUCCGCUGGCAGUGAGACCUCCUUCGAGGAGGGGCGAAGCUUCAAGGACCUUCACCUCCAGUCCGCGCCACCCCCGCUGCAUGCCACUAACCUCACUGUAGAGCGGACGGGACCUCCUGCACGAAGUAACAAGCCUGUGGCCUUCUCCACUCCUCACCCCGUGGCCGUCACUAACCCUAGAGUAACCGACCUACCCUCCCCCAUCCUGCCCCCCUCCAACGGUGCCCUGCCCCCCGGGGCCACCCAACGCUCGCUGCAGUCCGGUGGUUCGAACGUGGCGCCGCUCACGGUUUUACCUCGGGAGACACGGCCAGCUGAGAUACCCUUCCCGCAGCAGCGGAUCAGCCCUCACCCCGUGAAGCCAAUCACUGCCACGACCCUAGAGGUGACAGAGAAGAAAUCUGGCCGAUCGUGUAUCAGCAACACACUGUCCAGUGGACUGGAGAAACUGAAGAUUGUGACCACUGCGAAUAGCAGCCCUGGUAAAUUUCCUGUGGCUUGGCAGGAGGAUCGGGAAGAAGUAAAGGAAUCUAAGGUGGUGGACCCCGCAGAGCACUACUACCACCUCACACAUGACGAGCUCAUCAAAAAAGUCCUGCAGCAGGAAUCGGAGCUGCGGAAGAAGGAAGAGCACGUGCGAGAUCUGGAGGAGUAUAUCGACCUCUUGCUAGUGCAGAUUAUGGAGCAGAAUCCUAGCAUUCUCCAGUCAGUCAGUGAGAAGAUGAAGAACAAGGCAUUGACCAAAUAAUCCAUUGUGCCUGACUGGGUGCUUGUUGGAAUGACAUGCAAAUACCACAGCAGAUAUAAAAUAAUGACAUUCUUGGUGCAAAAUGAUCUAUUGAGGAUCAUUUUGCAUUAAGAGGGGGCAGCGGUGAAGAGGUGGGAAGGAGGAACGAGGUUCAGUAAAGUCUCGGUUUGAGACUUUGUUUUCACGAUUAAUACUGGAGGCAAAUUGCUUAGAUUUAUAUGCAUAAAAAGUUCUGACAUAGAGCAACUCUUUCUUAGCUGGCAUUGAUGAGUAUACUACAAAACAGAAAUGAUCAAUUCUUCUUUUGCCGUGGCCACAGUAUGACUGCUUUGCGAAAUGAAGCGAAUAUUUGGGGAAUCUUCCAAGCGAGAUAUCUUCGCUAGGCGUGAGGAAAACUUGCAGGUGUUAAACUGCAUCUAACCUGGCCCCCGUGUCUUUGCAAGCCUAUUUAAACUAUCUGAGAUAUUAUAAUUUAAUGGAUUCUUUCUCAUUCACACCUCUCCAGCCAAAUAGUUCUAGUAGUUCGGAAAAGGUAUCUACUGUUGGCAAGAUUAAUUCCAGUUACCCAAACUAAGCUGGCCUGGUGAUUCUCUUUCUUCAGUUUGUUCAGGCUGGAAAGCCCUUGUAAAUAACUAGGAAUGAGAACUAUCCUCUAUGCAAUAUUGAUGCCACACUAUUGUGCUGUAAAAUUAGUGGAAUGGGUGCUACCAAAGACAUACUGAAGCUGAUGCUUUGCCUAUCUGGCCCGACACCAGGCACUGCUUAAAGGAACAGCAUCUCAGUGACUGCAGUUUCCUGUGCCGACCUUUGGAUGCACUAGACUUUAUAAAGGUACCAAGAUCUGUUCAAAGACUGGUCCUUUGGGAUGGUGAGAGAGCAUGAAUUUGCCACUGUCAGACGUCAGAGCACUUUCCAGCAAGGUCUGAAUUAGCAGCGGAGCAAGAGCUUAUUUUUGCCCCUUAUUGCCCACCACCAGCCCCUGGCAUUGUGUAGUGUCUGUGGCGCAAACCCACUGGCUUCUGGUCUAAAUGGUCAAGUCGUGCAUGUUGGGAUGGUGGGAUAGUGGAAGAACACAACUAUCCUUUUGAGUUCAAUUUCUUCUGAGGCAGUUGCGUUUAUUGGAGAAAGAGCUUUGUGGUGGUGCACCUGCCUUCCCAUCGGACGCACGCACACACACUUCAGCAAACAGUCAAGAAUCUGAUCUCGUGAAGAAUAGCUUUUCUGGUGCUUUUUCAUCUUGAAGAAAAAGAUUCACGUUUCAACAGGAACUGUGUUCAUGAGUAGAAGACUGUACCAAGUCUCUCAGGAAAUUGAUGGGUAUUACAGCUGCAGUUAUUUUUGUAAGGGGAUGGGUGGGUGGGGUGGGGAGAGUUUGCUUCAGUCUCUAUGCUGAACGCCAUCUAUAAAGAUUACUUAGAGCACGGUAUUUUUUGCCUUAUUAUAUUUUGUAUACUCUUAUCACGGAUUUAAGUAUUUAAGAGCUGGCUGUUCUCAAAGCAAAUACAUCGAGAUAAAGUUAAAUCCGAGUUAAUUAAAAUUAAAGUUAGAGAUUCGAUAUCCUGAACGAUAUCUUGCAGCUGCUUCUCUGUAGGUCUUGUUAUUAAAUAGCAUUGUGCAGAAGCAUUCAAGAAGCAAGUUAUGAUCACCUGCAAAGUUUCAUUGUCGAUGUAUUGUCUGGAGUUUAAAAAAUAAAUAAAUACAUAAUUAUCGCAAGGGUUUGCUUUGAGGUGGGAAUAUUCUGAAUCAUUCUCCACUUCCUUAAAACCUCAGUGUCCACUGUAGAGAGCCCUACCAUACUUCGCUGCAUACAGCUCAUUGGCAUCUGCCCUAUUAUUAGGUGUAGAAACCUAUUUCUCCAAUUGCCUUUGCUGUGUAACUGGUGUAUAUAGAAAAGAGCUUUCAAGAUUGCUACCUGUUAAUAAAAAUAUAUUAAGAAAUAAUAAAAGUAGCUUUUU